UAGGUCACUACGACAACAAAACGACUGAGACACACAACACAUUCAAUAUCCUCGUAAUUUCCAUUUAUUAGUUGUAAACUGGAGAGCAUGAUCAUAAAGGUAUGUCUGCUGGCUGCGGAUAGUUUCUUGAAGGUGUUCUCCGUGCCUUCAGAGGGCGAUAAUGAGACAUUGUAUUGUCAUCAUCUUGUUGGUGCCGCGGCGGCAACAUGUAAAUUCCUUUUCGCAGGUUCAGUCUUUUAGCAGUGUCUGAUAACUUUAGUUUAUCGUCUACUAUUCUGAAACGGCAUUGACUUAAACAACGUUUCGACAACUGACCGUCUGUAAUCUUAGAGCUACAUUAAGUUAGUAGGUAUUGUCUCAUGGAAGCAAAGGAAUUACUGCAAAGGUUUGACAGUCGUUCGCGUUUGUUGCUCCAAUCUCUCCUCCUGAGGUCGAAUGGCGUUUCCAAAGCACUGAAAGUCUUCAGUCGUCUGCGGACUUCAAUAUGCAAUUUCUCCCUGCAUGAUAUUCUGGACAGACUGUGCCAUCAAGAACCUUGUGUAGAAAGCGAUAGCCAAGGACUGACAACAAAACCCUUGGUAUGCUUGUUCCCUGCGUCCUUCCAAUGGAGCCUGCUGUCAUUUCUCCACCGUGUACACACCACAUUACCAAAAGACUGCACCCUGAGCUUGCUAGACUGCCUGGGCCGAGACUGGACUGUAGCCCCAUGGACAGCCACUCUAGUCGGCCAGCUUCGCAGAGACCUAUCUGGUGAACUCAAGCAGGACAUUUUAUCUCCACAUUGCAAACAGAAUGUGGGGGACCUUUGCAAGGAGUUUAGAGGCACUGGUCAAAGUCGAGGUGGCGCAGGUGGAUGGGCCACCUACUUCACCAAACCAGAGCCUUCACAAACGGACAGUCGCACCUCCUCAACCCCCUCGAGUCAGUCUCAGAAGAGGAAAAGUGAGACGCUGGAGUGGUACUCUGACCCUAGCGAUGAGGGUAAGCAGAGCAAGAGGAUGAGGAUGGAGGUGCCUGGGUCUGCUGGAGGAGCCGCGGCAGGUGGAGGAGGACAGGGUUCACCAGCCGAGGAGUCACCUCCAACUCCACAAGACCAGACGCCUGUUGACGAGGAUGGAGUAGUGGUACAACCACCAACCCCACCACAGGACUCCAAGGCAGUUUUACCUGAUCAUAUAAAGGCUGCAGUCCCGUUAAUCAAGGAGCUGCUGGAGAUUGAAAUGGAGUGGGACCAGAGUGCUGUGGCUACCCUUGGAGUGCUGAAUGAAUGCGACCCCAGUCAAGUGGAUGUGUUGUGGGGCCUGCUGCAGCUGAGGGAGGCUCCAGAGCAGACUCUGCCCCAGUUCUGCUCCUGUCUGCUGGCUGUCUCCCCAGACCUCAGCCACAGUGUAGCCGCUGCUCUCAUCAGGAACCUCCUACUCAACAAGGUGCUGUCCCUGUGUGAGCCUGCGUCUCGGUGGUUGAGUUCGGCCGUGAACUCUGUGUGCGCCCGCUACCCUAGGCCCAUGUGCCAGGAGCUCAUCAGGCCCAUCCUGGAGGGAGCUCAGGCAGAAACUGUUCAGAUUGAGCUGAUCUGCAGGCUCAUAGAGGACUCCCUGGAGCCCCAGUAUAGACUGCUAGUCUUUGGAAUGACGCUGAAUUUAACCUGGAAUGAGAACAUUCUCACCAUCAUCCACUCUCUUCUGGAUAAAAGAUUGGAAUUGACAGAUGAAAUAUUUGGAAGAUUCACCAACCAGCUAGGCAACCAAUCGCCUAAUUUUGUCAAGUCCAUGAAGUUCGCAAAGAUGCUGCUGACUGUCCUGACCAAAUAUCAGAACCAUGUGACGGGUGAAUGCAAGCACACGUUAUCCUGCUGCUUGGAUUCUAAUGGAACGUUUUUGAAGAAGUCCCUUCAGGCCGCACUCAAACGCAUUCCAUAAACGGCACACACGUGAAGAACUAGUGGACUCUUGUCGAUGACUAUUCAUUUAUAAGUGUGUAUUAAAUACUUGUAAAAUAAAUACAGGUCAUCGUAUAGGAAAAAGUGAAUGUAAUUGUAAAUACAUUUGUUUGGUGAUAAUUUGAAUAAAUUAUUACAAAAAAGUA